AUGAGGUACGUGAUGAAAAAAGAAGAGUUUCGAUAGUUUAUUAAAAAUAUGUACUACACGCUGGUUGCAAAACGUAGCAGUUGCGAAAACGUCUGAAACUCCUCUCCAUUUCCACAAUUUUUCCAACUUUAUCCCGCACGAAAAUCAGAGAGCUCUCCGCCAUCCUUUUCUGCUCUUUUUCCGCUCAUUCUCAUCUCAUUCACUUUCAUCCCUGAUUUAUGGUAUUUCCUUUUUCUGGCCAGCUCCCCGAGCAUCCUUUUCCAUUCCCUCUAAUGGCUUUUUCACUUGAUUUUCACAUUACUCUUUGAAAAUUUUUCAGAAUAGAAAGGAAGAUGACGACCGUAACCUGCUCGCCGAGUUUGGCCGACAUCCGUGCUCUUCAGGUUUGUUUGAACAUUUUUUCCCCGAAAAUUGUGAUUUUUCAAAAUUCAAUCCGCCAGGCGGCGUUUCUAUAAAUUCCGUACUUUUAACCUGUUUUUCUGUGGGCAAACGCUAUGAAAAAUGAUAUUUUGACUUGAAAACAUAACUAUUCUCGAAAUGUCUGCUAUUUUGGUGCCAUUUUCGCCGCCGAUCGAAAUAAUCGAUUUUCCGUGGCUAAUUUGGCAAAACACACGAGCCUUGAAGGCCGUGGCUAAAAGAUAGAGUUUUUUGCAUAAAAAGUUUCCAGGCCGACAACCUGGACCGUCUCCGUGGCUCUCUCCAACAGAUCAACAUCCGCGACGUGGUCCCACUGCUCGUGGCUCGCAAUGUGCUGAGAUCCUACGAAAUGGGAGCGCUCUACGCCAAGGUUCGCGAGUUUUUCCUGUAAUAAAAACAAAAAAAUCGAUAAUUUGUAGGGAUCGGAGGAGCAAGUGGAUGCCCUGAUCGACCUUCUGAAGACGAAGAACCACUGGAUGGGACCGUUGACCGACGCGCUGAUCAGAAACGGAAAAGCGCCGAUCGCCACGAUCCUCCUGGAACUUCAGAACGGAAAAUAA